AUGCCUCUAUUUUCAGGCCGAAAGGAGACGCAGCGUGCGCUGCCAAAGCCCAGUCAGAAAGAGCCCAAGGAGAGCAAGACUCCCGUCCCCAAGAAAACUGUAGAAGCUCCUGCCCGGCGUACCGAGAAGUCGGAGUAUACGCAGUUUGAGAAAACGCCGCCGCGGCCGACUCACAUCCCGGCAGGCACCCCCGAGGAAAAGGCGAAGAGCACCCCUAGUGGGGCGGCGUUGAAAACCUGUGAUGACAAGCUGAUUCCAGCUCAAAAGACAACGUCGGGGAACAGCGCGAAAAAGGUGACGAAGAGGAAACACAGCAUGGAGCAAGAAGAGAAGACAGACUUCGAGCAAACCGCUGAUCCGGCCAGGCCGGCAAUUGCCAAAGCGCCCAGGCCGGCCGGUGAUGCGAUUGAGGCUAUGAAGCGGCUUGAGGCGAAGCGCGCUCGCCGUCUUGCGCGCAAAGCACGAAAAGCAGCGCUGCUGAAGGAGGGAGGCGCUCCCCCGACAGUGACCGGUGAUGACGAUGAAAUCUCUCCGCCAAGUGACCUGUCGAAUAAGUUCCUCAACAUACAAGAGGGAACGCUCAAGUCCUGCAUGGAAACUUUGGAUCCGACCGUGAAUGGUUCCGGCAAGGAAAAGACCAAGAACGCCGAUCAGACCAAAGAGGAAAGGAAUUCGGGCAAGGAGAAGCGCUUGGAAGGAGCCAAAAUUGAAAAGAAAGACGACCUUUCGGCAAAAGCCAAGAAGCAGCUGGGCGUCGAGAAGUCGCCACUAAAGACCGAACAGACCAAGGAUGAGAGGACAUCGGGCAAGGAUAAGAAACCGGAAAAACCCGAGACGACCGAAAAUCACUCCGGAAAAGAGAAAAAGAAUUUGGGUCAGGAGAAGGCGCACGACAAAGACAAGACUGAAGCGGCGAAGGAUCAUUCGGGCAAGGAGAAGGUCCUUACAUUCGCGCUGUUCUAUAUGGAAUUACAGAAGCGCGAGCAACAGGAGGGGAAGGAGAACAACUCGGGCAAGGAAAAGAAGCAGACUGACGCUGAGAAACCGCAGACCCCUGAGAAGGUGCACGACAAGACCAGAAAGGACGAAUUCCCCGCGUCGACGACCUUG